CAAAAAAGCGCGGGAGUCUCACCGGAGGAAUCGUCUGCUUGGCGCGCUCUAUCCGCAGAGCCCGCGAGCUCUUGAGCUUAUCAUUUCGGAAUUGGCGCUCGACCCAAUAAGCGACUCCUCCAGCUCUACACCCACUACCAGUCCAGUUAAAAUGGUCGCAGCCUCUUCAGAGCACAACAAGACCUCGGAACAGCCGGAGCAGGAGCUAAGCCCCGAGUUCGUGGAGGGAUUCGCUAAGGGAGUCAACGUCAAGGACGAGAAGGUAGAGCAGGCGAACCUCGAGAUGUCGGAGUUCAAGCGUAAGGAGAUGAACGGAGAGAUCCCGAUCGAGCCGUUCCUUGUCGAGAACCCCAACCGCUUCGUUCUCUUCCCCAUUCAGGAGCACGAAGUGUGGCAGAUGUAUAAGAAGGCAGAGGCCUCCUUCUGGACUGCCGAGGAGCUCGAUCUGGUGCACGACCUCAAGGACUGGAGCAAGCUUACGGACAACGAGCGUCACUUCAUCAAACAUGUGCUUGCCUUCUUCGCUGCCAGCGAUGGAAUUGUGAACGAGAACCUGGCAAUGAAUUUCAGUAAUGAAGUGCAGGUGCCUGAAGCUCGUUGCUUUUACGGCUUCCAGAUCGCCAUCGAGAACAUUCACUCGGAGGUUUACUCUCUGCUCAUUGACACGUACAUCAAGGACGCCAUCGAGAAGGACCAUCUGCUGCGUGCAAUUGAGACCAUCCCUUGUGUCACCAAGAAAGCUCACUGGGCGAUCAAGUGGUGCGACCCUCGUGUGUCCUCGUACCCGGAGCGUCUCCUGGCUUUUGCUGCAGUAGAAGGCAUCUUCUUCUCGGGCUCUUUCUGCUCCAUUUUUUGGUUGAAGAAGCGUGGUCUCAUGCCUGGUCUCAGCUUCUCGAACGAGCUCAUCAGUCGUGACGAGGGCAUGCACACGGACUUCGCGUGCCUCUUGUACUCCAAGCUGGUCACUAAGCUCCCGGAGAGCCGAGUGCACGAAAUUGUGCGCGAUGCUGUGACGAUUGAACACGAGUUCGUACGUGACUCGCUUCCGGUGGAGCUGAUUGGCAUGAACUCGGGCCUCAUGUGCCAGUACAUUGAGUUCGUGGCUGAUCGUCUGCUGUACUCGCUCGGUGUGUCCAAGAUCUACCACGCUAAGAACCCGUUCGACUGGAUGGACAUGAUUUCUCUUCAGGGAAAGACGAACUUCUUCGAGAAACGCGUGGGCGAGUACUCCAAGGCUGGCGUCGGUGUUGCUGCUGAGGAGCAGGUGUUUACCCUCGACGCUGACUUUUAAGUCUACCAUUGAUCAGAGAGAGAGAGAGAGAGGGUUAUCGGCUAUCGUAGCUCGCAGUGCGCCACGCAGCUCUUCACGUAGCGUGGUUAAAAGUCUAAGGUCGCAGCGGCAGUGUAUAUAGCCAGCUUCGUUGCAUAUUUAAAAAAAUUGACAUUCAGUUUCAGUUCCCAGUUAA